UUCCGCUCCACUGCUAUCAUGUAGCUCACUUUUGAAGAAGUUCUCCACCAAGUGUCACAAUACAGAGUCAAAACGAUCAGCAUAGAAAGAAAGCAAACAUUCCUUAAGAGACGGAUCAUCUUCAGCACGAAAGAAACGGUGCUUAUCAUAUUUUAGCCUGUUGUUAGCAUAUAGGCAGUGACCCAAAUAGUGAUAAUCUGCCACAUGCUCCUCAGAUGUUGAAAUUGGCCAAUAUGCUUUCCUUUUGAAUCGAUACAGGUGUGGAUCACAGAUGUCAAAAUCAAAGCUAGGGUCGGCAUGUGUCGGCACGGGGAGUCUGAUCCCUUCGCUAACGCUGUGGGACUGACAUGGCAGUGGGUCCAGGCUUCAUCCUCUUGAUGCUCGCCUGGCUCUCUCAGGUGUUCUCAGAAAUUGUCCCUCUUCCUAAGCCGGUCAACGUGAAUGUCACCUCCAGUCAUUUUAUUCACCGGUUAACAUGGCAACCCGGUCCUGGGACGCCGAGGGGCGUGGCCUACAACGUCUCGGUGAGCCGCGAACGGGACCUCCCCUGGGUGCCCGUAGCAGGCUGUGUCCUUGUGAAACACCCGCUGGUUUGCGACCUGACCAGAGCUUUCACUAACCCCACACAUGUGUACUACAGCAUGGUUGUUGCAAUACUAGAGUCCCAGGCCUCCCCCGGGGCCUACUCUACCGGCUUUAAGCCCAUCAAAGACGGUGAGCUGGCCUCCCCGCUGCUGACGCUGGCCGCCUGUGACCACUCCCUGUGCGUGGACCUUCACCCCCCCCUGGAGCGCGUGAGGGCCCUCUACCAGGGCCUCCAGUACCAGCUCCGCGUCACCACCCGCAGCCCCGGCAGCCAUCCGGCCGAGUCCCUGGAGCGCACCCGGUCCCUGAAGCGCCAUGUUUUGAAGGACCAGGCCCCUGGACGAGAGUACUGCGUCUCGGUCCGCAUCCGGGACCCCCAGACCCACAGGGAGUUCCCCUUCAGCCCGCCCACGUGCGCCUCCACCCCCACGGCGGGGGUCCGCUCUGCAGAUGUCCUUCUGGUGGUCUCCGUCCUUGCUCUGGUCCUGCUGGGGGUCGUCUUGUAUCUGUUGGUGCAGACCGGUGUGGUCUGUUUGAAGAACCCCCUCCCCUCCGUCCUGAUAUUCAUCAAUCCCCUGGUAGAGGAGAGGCUUGCAAUGCCGCAGAAAGAACGCGUCUGCGCCCACAUCCACCUGGGGGCCGCGGCGCCCUCUGCUGGGGGGAAGUGUGCAGCGCGGGUGGACCACAGCGUCCAAGAGGAGGGGGUCUCCACCGCUGGGAGCGCUAGGUCCCUGGGAGGCUACGGGCCGCAUGUGGACUCUUCCUGUUCCUCCUUCUCAUCGUGCUCCUCAUCGUCCUCCCUCUCCACACGCCCCCUCCUGGCUCCCUCUCUUCACACGGUCGCUCCUUCAGCCGCCAUCGGCACACCGUGGCGUCCCUCUGAACUGCAGUCCGAGCUCCGUGCCAUUGCUCUGAAAACGUUGGGCUCGGUUGCUGUGACGACGUGGGACCAGCAUGCUUUGCACCUUGCUUGUAGCGCAGACCCACCGGCACCGUCGCCGGAGGCGGAGCCUGGGGUGGGCUCGGGGGAGGGCUGCAGUGACGUGAACCUCCUCUCGCUGACCUUGGGGGGUCCCCACGAAGACGCGGCCACGCUGCCACCGACGGCCGAAGAGGAAGAGGUUUCCAUGGAAACACUCAUCUCUGUGGAGGAUGAGGACGUGGAUGUGGAGGAGCAGGACGGGUAUUUGAGACGUUAGGCCGAGCUGACAAACUCUAAACUUUUUUUUUUAUUUGUUUUAUUUCAUUAUGCCACAAAUGCACCUUUUCUUUGUCUUUAGUGUGAUGACCUCCUACCGGUGAGCACGUAGAUUAAUCUGCUGGUUUGGUUAAAGCUAUAGGACUAGAUUUACAUUCCAGGGAAUAAUUCCUUCUCUCAUUUUAACUGAAUCGAAAGUCUUCAGGUAACAACUUGGUGUUCCAAGUUCCUUCGGCCAAGGUUCAAAAACUUAUCUUUCCAAAGUAUGAGUGAUUAAGCUCUGAACCCUAUGCUCUGAAACUCACUAAGAUUGCGAUGACCUUGUUAUUUUUGGGCCAUUUUGUAGCCACCUAUAAAAGGUUUAUCCUUAUGGCGCAUGUCCACCGGCGGUUGCACUUCGGCCCAGCUCAGUAGUGAAGGCGCGGUAUAGAUAUAGGUUAUCCUUGUGGACAGUGAAAACUGACUGGGCCAGUGCUGGUAGAUCAACUCUUGCUGUGGCUGAAUCGUCCUCUCCGGACACCGAUGCACCACGGGUCCCUCUCCGUAGCGGACGGGGGAACCCUGCGUCCCUCUGCCUCUCACACUCCGUCUUCUUGAACUGUUCACCAAGUGGCCUUCAAAGACUGGCCAACCCAUUUUGAGUUGGUCAACUGUUAUACUUUUGCCAUUAACUUCCAAUUUAUUUUGUACUUAGAAAUGUUUAUGCCAUAGCAUUGUUGACUACCUAAUUCUGACCGGUCAAUAAGGUUUGAAGGGUGUGCUUUAUUUGUUAAUAACGGGACACGUCUGCCUGUCAAAUCAAUUCAUUACAUAUCGGUCUGAUUGGACUAGUGACCAGAUGUUUCCUUGAUGACGCAAUACCAACAACCACAAAGCAUUCUUAACUUCAGCUGCUAUAGCCCAAAUAGUAUUAUUGAUGAAAGUUCCGUUAAGCUAGUUAAGUAUUAUUUUACAAUAACGGGACGUCCCUUGGGGUCGACUCUUGACAGUCAGCAGAGUGCUGCCUGCGCUGGAACACAGUAUUCGACCACAGUGGGUCCUCACACAGGGAUCCUUUGGAUGAAGCUGGUUUAAGAAGUGUUAAUAAUUAUAGGAUGGAAGUUUGAUUUUGAAUUACAUUUAUUGUGUUUGCUUACAUUCAAAAUCGUUGCAUCGGAAUCAGAAUUGUAAUCCAUCCAUCAUAAAACUGAAAUGUGUUGUUACAAUAAUAAUUCUGUCCUGUAUUUUCAAAGUAUUUACACACAAAAACACAGUUUCCAUACUCACUCAAAUACACAUAUAUUUUGUACCAAUUACUUAUUAUUCACACACAUUCAAAGUACUUGUUGAAAACAUUCAGUCAAUGCCAUAAUCUUUUCAUGUAUUUCUACUUUUAUACCAGUCUAAUUAAUCAUAUCUUUCACCUUUUUCUAACCAUGUCAAAUUAAAGUACAAUGAUAACUUA